AUCAGCUGUUCAUACAGUUUAAAAUAUUGAAAAAUAAUAAUAAAAAAUGCUCCGAUUACAACCUCUUCUGUUUAAUAAUUAUUAAUGCACUUGCAAAAUGAUCGAAUUUUCGCCAACUUGUGACUCUGAGACUGAUAAUAAAGAUGAGGAAGAAAUUGAACCGAAAUUUAAGUACCAACGCAUUGCCAACGAUUUAAAAAAUAUACUAAACACCGAUGUGGUAACUGCCACUGCUGUGCACCCAAAGUUUCUUAUAUUUGGAACUUUCCGAGGCCGCGUUUAUUUAUUAGAUCACCAAGGCAACUCAAUUGAUUCGAAUCUAAACACCGGUGAAAGCCUAACACAUCAGGUGGCAGUCAAUCAGAUUGAUGUGGAUCCGAAGGGGGAGUAUGUAGCCACGUGCUCAGAUGACGGAAAAGUCAAAAUUACAGGCUUGUUUAGCUGUGAAAACAAUCAUACCCUAAGUUUCGGCAAAUGCAUUAAAGCUGUGGCUUUGGAACCCGAUCCGAAGUCUCGGACUAGAAAAUUUAUUGUAGGCGAUGACAAGCUCAUUUUAUAUGAGCGAAAUAUCCUUAACAAGCUAAAGCCCAUUGACCUUUGCGCAGUUGAAGGCAAAGUAUUGUCUAUUUGUUGGCAGGAUAACUUUGUAGCCUGGGCAAGUCAUUUAGGAGUACGUGUGUUCGAUUUGAACGAGAAAUGCUCGCUGGGGCUGAUGAAGUGGGAGCUUCCAUCGAAGGGAAAGCGUCUUGAGAAUUUUCGGUGCCACUUGCGCUGGUCAAAUAAACAUACUCUUCUUAUUGGUUGGGUAGACACUAUAAGGAUUUGUGCUAUUCGGAAGAGAAAUUCAAUCGAGGCUGCAUCUAGUAGUCUUCCCGACUAUAUUGUAGAUCCAGUCUCAACAUUUCAAACUUCAUUCUAUAUCUGUGGACUAGCCCCAAUGGCCUCAAGUCAACUUGUAGUACUUGGCUAUCGUAAAGAAAAGAGCCCCAAUUUUAAAGCUUUACGGCCCGUGCUGUGUGUGAUUGAACACAAAAUGAACAGUAGCGAGGAGAUCUGCACAGAUAGCUUAACUCUUCGUGGCUUCGAAGAGUAUACAGUUAACGACUAUUAUCUGGGCUGCAUAAUUGAAGAGAAUCGCUAUUACAUCGUUGCCCCUAAGGACAUUGUGGUGGCGAGCCUUAUUGAAACGGACGAUCGGGUCGACUGGUUGAUUAAACACAGUAAAUUUGAAGAAGCAAUUGAGUUGAUAUCUUCGCAUGGAGGAAGCUUUCCCAUUAUAUCUGUUACCAGACUUUAUAUAAACCACUUGCUGACGCUGAAGCAAUAUGAAGAAGCUGCUAGACUGUGCCUUCGUAUGUUGGGCAACAAUAAAGCUCUUUGGGAAGAAGAAGUUUUCAAGUUUGUUAAAUGUCAGCAAUUACGUUCGGUAAGCGCCUAUUUGCCUACAUCCGAGGACUGCAAACUUGAUCCACACGUGUACGAGAUGGUCCUUUACGAGUUUUUGAAGUUUGAUGUAAAAGGUUUCUUGAACCUUAUCAAGGAAUGGCCAUCACAGCUAUAUAAUGGACUGGCUGUGAUUAACGCAAUUCACGAUAAUUUUCGCAAACAGAAUGCGAAUGAAUUGCUUGAGUCUCUUGCCCUUCUUUAUUCAUAUCAGGGAGACUACGAGAGCGCUUUGCGAAUGUAUUUAAAAUUACAGAACAAGGACGUUUUCGAAUUGAUACGACGUUAUGAACUGUACAAUGUAAUUUCCAAAUUAAUUAUUCCCUUAAUAAGUUUGGACCGCGAACGUGCCUUUAAAAUAUUAUUAGACAGGAAUAAGAUCAAGCCAGAGGUUGUUGUGCAUCAGCUAGAGAACAAUCAGGAAUACUUAUUUUUGUACUUGGACUCUUUGCAAAAGGUGAACUGUAACAAUAUAUUUCAACACAAGUUGGUUUCCUUGUAUGCAAAGUAUGAUCGUACAAAACUAUUGCCAUUCUUACGGCGUUCAAAGGAGUACGUUAUACAAGAUGCAUUGGAGAUAUGUAAACGAGAAGAAUUUUAUCCAGAGAUGGUUUACUUGCUGGGUUGCAUGGGCGGAGUGGAAGCAGCAGAAGCCCUUAAUAUAAUAAUUCAUAAGAUGAGAGACGUUGAAAUGGCAAUAGAAUUUUGUAAAGAGCAUGAUGACAACGAUCUAUGGAAUACACUUAUCGAUGAAUCCACUAAGCAACCUGAGAUUAUAACGAAAGUUUUGAAUGGCAUUGUGGAUUUUGUUAACCCAGAAGUAGUGGUUAGUAAAAUAAAGAAGGGCCAGACCAUACCAAAUCUUCGGGAAUCUGUAAUCAAUAUGCUAUGGCACUACAAUAUCCAACAGGAAAUGCUAUCCACCGCUCAAAGAAUGCAGCUUGAUGAUUAUUUUGAUACCCACUCCGAGGUGGUUUCAUUGCACCGGCGCGGCCAACAAGUAUCCCAUGAUCAAUGCUGUGCACAGUGUCAAUGUCCAAUACUAAUGAAAAAUGAUACCUUUAAUUCCAUAGUCGUGUUUAAAUGUGGUCAUAUGUAUCACGAUCUGUGCAAUCUUAGCAACGAGUACUGCACAGAGUGUCAAACGUGGAACACUAAGCCUACCAAAGUGGAAUAGAUCAGAUAACCACAAUUUAUUGCAGUUGUCAUUCUCAUGUAUGCAGUUCCAAUUAAAUAUACUAUAAAUAAUUA